GCAUCAUAGGUCCUAUAACUAUCCAAGGUGUGUCACUUUAGUCCUAUAACUAUCAAAGUGCAGAUUUGGGUCCCAAAACUAUUUUGAGUCGUUCACUGCAGGUCCUAUGGUCGCCCCAGCAGCGUUGACCGUCCGACGUGUCACCUGGACCGGUGCCACAUCGACCAGAGGGGCCCACCAGGCUAAACAAUGAAGCGUUUAUUUGCAGGAAAGCCCUUGAAAUCUCAGCUCGUCUCAUUCUCAGACCCUCCAUCUCUCUUCUACGAACGAAUCUCUCUGAGGCGGCGAUAUGGUGGCGACCGGCGGCGUUCGCGAUUGAUGUCCAGCGAUUGGAGGCGCAGGACGGGAGUCGGGGCUGCUAAUCCGACCGCGGCGCUGGUCCGAUGGCUCCAUCACGGCGGCUUCCCAACACCCCUCCUCCGGAGUAUGGACCCAAGGAGGAGCUGUUCUCAGUAGAGAUUAAUCAUGGUGGGGUUUUUCUCGGCUUUGGAGCAAACAAGAAAUACAUGGAUUGCAAAACAGAUUUCUUUGAUCAUUGUGAGGUUGAAACCUGGUCGCCGCUGUGGAUUAAAGAUUUUGUGCAGCAGCUUGGCUAUGAUCCAAGUAAAGUGCAGUGUUUCUGGUUACUUCCUGGAAUGAAUUUGGAUAAUGGACUGAGAAUUAUUGAUAGAGAUGCAGACUGUCUUAGUAUGACUGCUGUUGUGCCAAAGUUCAAGCAUUUCAAGUUGUACAUGGAUCAUGGUGAUAUUUAUAGCGAGCUGAAUAUGGAUGACAUAUGCAUAAUUGGCUCACCUACAAUGCCUGAUAUCAUGAGUCCUGUGAAGCCACAAGAAAGAGGUACAAAGAGUUAUAUUAGGAGUAGUCCUAGGAUCAAGAGCAAGGCACAAAAAGGGAGAACUAAAGAACAAGUGCAGAAAAACAAUGACAGUGAUAGUGAUGAUAGUGAUAGUGAUUGUAGUUAUGAAGAUUGGGCUGACUCAGACAAUGACUUUAAGAAUGGCGAUGAUAAUCCGUUUGAGGAGUGGGUUGAUGACUUCAAUAAGGAUCUCAGAGCAAAGAAAAAUAAAGCAGUACAGUACGAGAGGGAUAGUGACUAUGACACUGAUGAGCUAGAACUGCCAGCUUCAGAGAAUGAGGGAAAUGAAUCAGAACAUGAGGUUGUUAUGGAAAAAGGGAAGAAAAAGAAAAAGAAGAAGGUGAAGCUCAGGUCUUUCAAGCCAGAGGACAUGAAAGCACCAAUAUUCAAAUUGGGUAUGAAGUUCCCUACUGCAGCUGAUCUUAGAAGGGCAAUUCGAGAGUACGCUAUUCAGAAUAGAGUUGCAAUCAAGUAUGCAAAGAAUGAUAAACAAAGAAUUAGGGCACACUGCUCGGAUGACUGUCCAUGGUAUUUAUUCGCAGCACCUGACAGCAGAACCACAAGUUUUGUGGUGAAAACUUAUGUGGGGGAUCACACCUGCAGUAAAGAAUGGGAGGUCAAUGGAUUCACAUCAAGAUAUCUAGCAGGCAAGUAUUUGGAGAACUUCAGGGCAGACGAAAAGAUGACAUUGAUGAAUUUUGCAAGGUUGGUGCAGAAGGACUACAACAUGAUCCCUACAAGGAGCAAGCUAGCAAGAGCAAGAAGGAUAGCAAUAAAGCAGAUUCAUGGAGAUGAGGAGAAACAAUACUCGAUGAUGUGGGACUAUGCAUAAGAGAUCAGAAUGUCAAACCCUGGAAGUAGCAUGUUUAUCAAACUCAAAGAUGGCAGAUUCCACCAAUGUUACAUGUCAUUAGAUGCUUGUAAAAGAGGCUUUUUGGCUGGAUGCAGGCCUGUUAUUUGUGUUGAUGGGU